AGUUCUCUCCAGUUUGGCUGUCAAAAAAAGAAAAAAAAAUUGCUUGCUCGUUCGCUAUUUGCAGCCAUCGUCCUAUUUCCUGUGUAUUUUUGUAUCAUUUUUCGACCCUAACAAUUCCAUAAAGAGUCAAAGUUGUAAUGAAUAGCAAGGAGAGAAAUUAGGAGUUUAGUGCAUUUGCAAAUGAAACUAAGCCAAGAUUCUCACAGUGCAAUUAUCAUAACCCGACUGAAACAAACGGUACACUCCUCCAUUGCGCACCUCUGAAGAGCGCCUCGUCAAGAUGGAUGUUCGCAUGAUCGAAGAAGCGGUUCUGACGUUUUACCAGAGUGGUACUCAUAAGCAGGAAGAUACACACCAAUGGCUCCAACAAAUUCAAGAAAGUACGCACGCUUGGUCCUUCUGCUGGGAGCUGAUGCAGCUGAACAAAUCAUCGGAGAUUCAGUUCUUCGGUGCAGUAACAUUACACUCAAAACUAACUAAACAUUGGGCGGAAGUGCCCAAGGAGGCACACAACGAGUUCAAACAAAAGCUGCUGGAGAGUAUUAUUACGUUUGGCAAAGGUCCGAAGAUUGUUCUGAGUCAAUUGUGUAUUUCGUUGAGUGUCUUUAUUGUACAUAUGCUGGAACAUCCGACCGUGAUCGAAGAGGUAACUGGUAUGUUCUUAAAUGAGCAACUUGGCUCCUUGUCGAAAAACACACAAUUGGAAAUCUUGAUGUCAGUGCUAGAAGGCAUCCCUGACGAGGCGGAAUCCGUCCAUACACAAAUCCCUAGGUCGAUGGUUCGUGAAGAACUGAACAAGAAGGCUGAAUUUGCUACGGGUACGGUGAUAAAUUUUCUUAGUGGGAAACUGAACGAUGGGCGGUUUGAGGAAAGCGAAAUGAAUGUGUUAAUCAGUGCGACCAAAUGUCUCGCGACCUGGCUGAAGUAUGGUAACGUGCGGCUGGACGAAUGUGAGACGAUGGUUCAAGUGUUGUUGAAGAUUGUGCACUACUGCUACUGGAAAGAACCCAAGGAGGACGGGUGCAUGUUGCAGGAAGACAGCGAUUUGGCUGAGACUGCAGUAAAGGUGCUAGUGAAAAUUAUAAGCUCUCAAAACUGCAAUGGACACAAGUAUUCAGCGACAGUUGUCCGCUACAUGCAUUUAUUCCUGGACGUCUUCGGACCGAUUCUAGACAUGGAGUGGAAGGAGAACAACGAAAAUGAGAAUCUAGCAUUCGUGAUCUACACCCUCUUCCUGUCUACCCUGGAAUGCUACUCUUCGGCUAUCUUCGCGGGUAUUUUGUCGGACAACGAAGAACUCGCCAAAGUGUACGGGAGAACCGUCGAUCUUCUGGUCAAAUGUACGGACAAACCGGGUACCUAUCCGGUCGAUGAAUCCUGCAGCACGUUGGCUAUGGAAUUUUGGUACAUGCUCCAGGACGAAGUAUUUUCGAUGCCCAACGAUGAGAACAAAACCAAAUGUUGGGAUGCGAUCAAGCCGGUUUACGCUCACAUUGUCAAAGUUUUAAUACGAAAAAGUCAGUUGCCAAAUGAGAAAGCGAUGCACAAAUGGAACUCCGAUGAUUUGGAAACGUUUCGAUGUUAUAGACAAGAUAUUGGGGAUACAUUGCUGUCAUGCCAUGACGUGCUGAACGACAUAAUGUUAGAUGUCCUGUCUGAAGCGUUGGACGAAUCCAUUCUGUACCUAAACUACGAUCCGCAAAAUACGGACAGCUGGCCACUACUUGAGGCUACUAUCCAUGCAUACUGUUCGAUUGCACAGAAAAUAGAGUAUGCCGAAUACCCGCAGGUGGUAAAGUUACUCAAAGUGUUAAACGAUAUUCCGUACGAAAAAUAUAGCGACAAAUUGUUGGGAAUGGCACUGGAAACUGCCGGAGCUUAUAGCGAUUGGAUCAGUGAUAAUCCAAAAUAUUUGCCAUCCGCCAUCGAACUUUUAGUGAAAGGUCUUAGCUCGACGCAAGCAUCGCAAGCUACGCUAGGUUUAAAAGAUCUUACCUCAGAGUGCCAAAAAGAAAUGGCUCCAUUUGCACUUCCUCUGCUGGAUGCUUGUCGAGCUGCCUUGCAGGGUGGUCACCUGAAAAAUUCGGAAAUGAUCCGUCUCAUGUACACAGUCGGCAACAUCAUGAGCGUCAUCUCGUAUGAGAACAUCAUCCAAUACCUCGACAUCAUGGUUUCGCCCUGUUUCGAAGAACUUCAACAGAACGUGCAGAAUCAGGACAAAAGUGAUGCUGCCAAAGGUCGGGUAAUCCUUCGGCUCGAAAUGAUCUCGAAACUGUUUUCCUCACUCAACACACGAAAGUUGAACAUCACACAACGCACCGAAAAAGAUGAAGAUCUGCAGCUCGUCCCACCCCAAUCACCGCAGCCCGUCCAACCAAUUCUGCUAAUCCUAGAAAAGACGAUGGGUUUGCUGAAAAAUCUCUGCACGCUGUGGAUUCAUGACGAAAGCGUAAUAGAAACGUUAUGCAAAGCGCUCCAGCAAGCGUUGACCAAUCUGAUGGACGAUAUAAAACCGCUGCUCAACGACAUGUGUGGCCUGAUAUUGCUGAUCUUCGCUAACAAGUGUGCUCCGUCCGCGGUAGAGAUGGCGGGCAAUUUUAUUUUGAUCUUCUACAAUGAUCCAGAGAGUCGAGAAAGUAUGAAGCAACUAUUUUCGGCGAUUUUGGAGUAUAAUUUUGGACAAAUGCAGCAAUAUGACGAGCAUCAGAAACUGUCUGAUGUAGCGGAUCUUAUAGAGACGUUCUAUCUAUUCAACACUCGAAUAACGAAGAAGAUGGCCAUGUGCUACGCUGCUGUGCAAGCAGACUGCAUAAAGUUAAUAGAAUACGCCAUGAAAAGCAUGAUGUUACCGGAGACGGGUCCCAUCAAGAAGAGCGUUGGAUUUUUGUCUGUGUUUAUUAAGGAAUCUCGCAAUUAUCCAUUGAUGAUGAAUGCCGUUGCGGCACAGGGCGAGAACCUCCUGCGGAAUACCUUUUUAUGUCUUGGUGGUUAUACACCGCGAGCACACGUGGAUGUUUUUGCAGACAUCUUCCUUGCCCUGAACUACAAGUACCCAAGCGAUUUUGUUCGCUGGAUAAAGGUACUCGAAAAGCCAAACUUCCCCACCUUCUUUGUUAGCGCGACGGACAAGGAACAGUUUAUUAAGAAAGUAAUCAAAGAGAAAGUUAAUCGACGACUCGUGCAGGAGCAUGUGAGGAAAUUUGCUGCAAUGUGCAGGAAUGCUGUGGAGUGGGAGAUUGAUUUUAGAACAAGCUAAUUAGUGUGCUCUCAGCACGAUGACAGCGACGCAUAUGCUAGGUACCCUUUAUUGUGAUUUAGAUUUUAGGUUCGGUAUAACGAAAACGAAGUUUAAGCAAUGUGUUGAAUAUGGAGUCAAGAACGAAUUUGUUUCGUUUCAACGUCCUCCCCCCAAGUCUCAAGUGAUACGUAAUAUACUUCUUCGACGUAGAUGUGCAGCAGCGAAUAAAAAGUAUGAUUUUAUUUUA